AUGGCCGAUGGGACAAGUUUCUCCACUAGCUACCUCGACCCAUACAUAUCCACUCAGCCCAACACAUCAGCCUUCGUGGGCAAUCGUAGUCUCGUCAUACACUUCGCCAACCUUACACGGCUUACCUGUGCGAAUUUUACGAUACCCGGGAGCUCAUCUGUCUCUGGUGGACAGGCUGGCGGAAAUGGAGGAGCCGGCGCAAGCGUGACUGUAUCGACUGCAAUUGGAGCAGCUGGUGGAAACGUAGCUGCUGGGCCUAACGCUCCUACACAGGCUGGAGGUGGCUCUGCUGGCGGCAACUUCGCUGGAAAUGCAGUCACAGUCGCAGGACCUAUUGGAUCGAGCACAACGGACAAGCCUCCUGCCAUCGCGACCACACCGCCCCCUUCUUCGUCCUCGCCAGCCGGCAAUAGCGGUUCCGUCAAUAUAGCGCCGGCGAUGCCGCCGACAGUGACUCAGACCACAACAGCGUAG